AUGGCCUAUUCGGGAUCCGGUAGCAAUAAUACGUAUGGAGACUAUGGGGGCUUUCGGGCAGAGGGAAGAGAACCAGGUGCAAGGAGAAAGAAGCUAGCAGGUUAUUUGAAGGCCGCGAAUGAGCUGAGGCAGAACUAUUUCAGUGCGGAUGGCACCAGAGAUGUCCACGGUCCGGAGGAUGGACCUGGAGCCUUUCCAGAUGCUGCUGUCGUACGCAGUGGUAAUGAAGAGAUGAUACUGUUCCCUAGCUAUGCCAGGAAGCAUCACAAAACUGCAACAAGGAAAGCUGCUACGCCAGGCCGUGAAAUGACAGAGGAAGAGUUCUGGCGGCGAGAGUGGGACAAGCAUGAAGAUCUUAACGCCAUAGUGGAUGUGGACGUUCGUGGCUGGAUUUAUACACCACCUCGAGGUCAGAACACGCGCAAGCAGAGACUACUCAUCGGACUGGCCAGACAACUUUCUGGGAUUCCUGCUCCUCCGUCCAACAGGCCAGGUGAUUCGAACGGGUCGAGUGCUGUUCCCAGCAGAGCUUCAAGCCCGUCAAGACAGCAGGAAGAGGAGUUGAUCAAUCUCGAAGCUGAGAACAUUGUUCGCAAAGGCCGUCAAGAAGAGAGCUAUGCAAGCAGGGGAGCAUUUUCUGAGAGGCCAAGUCAGGCGAAGGAUACCGACAGCAUAUACGGCAGCACGUACAGCUUUGAUAUGUCUGAUCGGGGCCGUCAGAGAGCGUCGAUUGCAAGCACUGUGUCAUCCCAGGAUUCAGACUCUGGACAGCCAACUCCUGUUCAGAAAAGACAGUCAUGGAACAUACCCGGAAAGAUGAGCUCUGCAGAGCUUGCUGUGGCCAACACACAUCUGUUGACUCGUCUAAAGCCAUUCAUGGCAAACCCAUUGGCCAACACGCCUAUCAGCGCCUUCUUCUACAACGAGUCAGCUUCGAGGCAGCAGACUGUAUACACAGACGGCUCUGGUCACUUCACAUUCCGUGCAGCCCUGGACUUCAUACCAACCCAUGUCCGUGUGCUGGCUGGUGAGAAGCUCUCCGCGACAGAGGAAGUUCUCGUCACGUCGCCUAAAGGCGUCAGCUUGAUAAGCGACAUUGACGAUACUAUCAAGCACUCGGCUAUCAGUGCAGGUGCAAGGGAAAUCUUUCGAAAUGCCUUUAUCCGAGAACUCGGUGACCUCACAAUUGAUGGAGUGCGAGAAUGGUACAACACCCUCCACGACAUGGGAGUCAAGAUACAUUACGUAUCUAAUUCGCCCUGGCAAAUGUAUCCUGUGCUCACAAGCUUCUUCAAAUUGGCAAAUCUUCCCAGAGGAUCGUUCCAUCUGAAGCAGUACAGUGGUAUGUUGCAGGGUAUCUUCGAGCCAGUCGCUGAGCGCAAGAAAUCGUCGCUGGACAAGAUCAUGCGCGACUUUCCUGAUAGAAAGUUCAUCUUCAUCGGCGACAGCGGAGAGGCCGACCUUGAAAUUUACACGGAGACGGCGCUGGACAACCCGGGACGUGUCCUUGGAAUCUUUAUCCGGGAUGUCACCACUACCGUCAGGACCGGCUACUUUGACUCAAACAACAGUCCUGGCGGAAGCAAGAAUCAUUCCCGGAACCACUCACGCAACAAGAGCGGCGAUGCACUUGCAAUGUCUAAGCGACUUGCUCGUCCCAAUGAUAUCCGCAACGACGAUGCCGAUCUCCAAGCUGCGAUGGCUGCAUCACUGCAGGACAUGGAGGAAGAGGCUCGAGUCGCCCGUAGGUCGAUUAAUCCCGACGCAGUGAAUGCCGAGACGGUUCAGAACCGUCAGAAGAGUCCAAGACCAUUGCCAAAGCUGCCUCCUAGACGGCAAACUCAACCAGAUCAUCAUGAAGAAGACUUGAUUGACUUCUCCGAUCCGCCUCCCUCCAAACCGUGGCUUGAACCGCCCGAACGAAAGACUCCUUCGCCACAUCAACAUGCUAAAGGUGUGACCCAAGGCCAAAGACCAUCGCCAUCACCUCCACCGCCGCCAAAGCCAGCGGGCCUGCGAAGCCCUGCACCAGACCAGCGAUCAGUCUCUCCUGACAAUGCCAAUAAACCACCGCCUCCGCGGCCCAGAAAGCCAUCUACCGCCAUCAAGCCCAACCUCCCUCAGCUGCAGACUCAUCAACCCUCUCCACUUUCUCAAGUAACCAGACAAGCGUCAACGGCCAAGAUUCCACCCGCUUUGCCAGCCAGGCCCAGGACGUAUCGAGAAUGGACCAAGGACACUAUCUCAAAAGCCUUGCCCUCUCCCAAACUCCCCCCUUCGCCUGGCCGACACUACGCUGGAGAUACUGGGUUUAGCUUACCAAGACCGUUGACUAGUAGGAGCAACACAUCGAAUCCCAGCAGAAGCCAGCCCACAUCUCCUCUCGCACGACCCAUGACAUCGGCCAAGUCAUUUGAGGAUUUGAAUCUACCAGACGCGGCCAUGAAUCAACCGGCACCUCCACCUCCACCACGGAGGAACAUCUCAUCGUACGCUCUGAACCAGCGGCGACAGUCUUCGCAUCGACGAUCUGGGACAUGGAGUGACGAUGGCUUUGGAAGUCCCGGAGAAGGACUCAGCAAGAAGGAGUACCUGUGGCAACAACGUUGGGCACGCGCGAAAAGCGUGCUGGAGAGGAAUGGAGUCACCCUUAGGACAUGGCGGGUGGGGAGCGAUGUCGCCGACGUCUGUGUGAAGCUGGUGGAGAUGGAGCUGCGGAAAAUCGAGAAGGAACAAAAGACCGAUCGAUCGACAUGA